AGUCUCCUAGCCAUCAUGUUGCAUGUGGGAACCCACUCAUGGACACCAUGGGAGGAGACACAGGCUACCUGUGUGUGGGUCCCGGAACAGUGGACACCCCUCACCUUCCUAAGCUCGUGGAUGCCUGACACCUGGGCUCGUGACCCCUCCCCACCCGCUAGUCUCCUCAGGUCCCCUCAGGUCCCCAGCCCUCCCUUCUCCCUCCACUCCUCCCUUCCCUUCCUGACCCCUCCCCCCUCCCCUUUCCUCUCCUCCCCUCCCUAUCUUUCCCCUUUUCCUUCUCCCUUUCCCUUUCUCCUUUCUGCUCCUGAACCUGCAGCUCCGCCUGAAAGCGGCGGGCCGGACCGAGUCCACCCGGACCCCGCUGAGGCCCGGGGCCUGGUGGCUCAGUCCUUGGCGGUAGCGACAUGCGGCUCCUGUUCCUGGCGGUGCUGCGGCCACACACCGGCAACGCGAUCACCGCCGAGCGCCUGCGCUUUCGGGAGAUGGAAGAGUAGUUCCUCACUUCUGCUCCGAGCACGUGGGACGCCAACUCUUAGGCUAAGGGACCACCUAGAAGCUGCAGGCCACAUGUGCAUUCUGAGAGAUGCCUUUGACUUUGAAAGCCCAUCUGACAUUGCCGCUCUCAUCGCGGCCGAGAACCUGGAAGCAGCCCUAGCCCUUCACCUCUACCGAGGAGGCAGACUUCUGCAAGGGCACGGCAUUCCUUUUGGGGUUAUCUUUGGUGGAACUGAUUUAAAUGAAGAUGCCAAUCAUAAAGAAAAAAAUGAAGUCAUGGGGAAGGUUCUGGAAGAAGCCAGGUUUGCCGUGGCUUUCACAGAGGCAAUGAAGGACACAGCGCAGAUGCAGUGGCCACAUGCUACUGGGAAGAUCUUUGUCCAGAGUCAAGGAAUUGCAACGAUACCAAAUGUCAACUUUAACUGGAACACCUUCCUCCAACAAUCAGAGAUUGACCAAAAUGCAGACAACCUGUACGUGUUCCUGGUAAUAUGUGGACUCAGGCCCGUGAAGGACCCGCUGUACUUGGUAGACGCGUUCUCAGAAUGGCAUCAAGAAGAGCCCAAUGUUUACAUGAUGAUCGUAGGUCCUGAGGUGGAUCCAGCGUUUACAAGGGAAGUGAAAGACCGGGUGAGGAGGGCUGCAGGGGUGCGGCUGAUCCGGGAGAUGUGUCAGGAAGACCUGCACGCGGUGGUGAAGAGCUGCUUUGCGCUGGUCAACAGCUCAGUCUCCGAGGGCAUGUCAGCCGCCAUCCUGGAGGCAAUGGAUUUGGAAGUUCCCGUGCUGGCUAGGAACAUCCCUGGGAACUCGGCUGUGGUAGAGCACGAAGUCACAGGACUGCUGUUCACGACCCCUCAGGAGUUCAUUCAGUUGGCAAAGAGACUGGUCAGUGAUCCUGUGCUGGAGAAGGAAAUUGUGACCAACGGAAGGGAGUACGUGAGGACAUACCACUCCUGGCAAGUGGAGAGAGACACUUACCAGCGCCUCGUCGGGAAGCUGGAGGCGAGCUUGGAGGAUUAAACUGUUGAAGUCUGUGCUUCCCACAUCUGUCCCAAUAACUGCUGGGUACUCUGCUCUGGGUAGAUGCUGAAAGACGGGACCUAGUCCUGGACCGCUGAAAUCCCCGAGUCCCCAGGAACAUCUCCACCCCCAACUCUCAUGUGUGGUGGACACAGUUCCAAAAGUGUUGACAGCUCCGUUCUGGAUGGGCUUGUAGCUCCCUCCUGAAAGCACUUAGGGUUCAGCCCCAGAUGUGUUUACAGCUCAGUGCAGGUGUUGGAGGUGCAUCUCAGGGGCCUCUGGGCGAGUCUUCCAAGAACUGCUUUUACAACUUGUGGAGGCUAAUUUUUAAGCAUCCACAGGGCAGACCCUUUGCCUGCCUUCAGAGUGAUCUUGGCUUGUCGUUGCCUGUUCACAAAGAAGAAACAGAAAAGCCAGGGCUGUCAACUGAGUGGGACUGGCAGCAUUUUUGAUAAGAUCUUGAUCUGUAACCCAUCUCGGGGUCCUGAUGGACAUGUGGGGGCCCAGGAUGUGACUGGCAUGCUAAUAAGCCCUAGAGAGGCAGUGAAUGAGUUUUAUCAGAACAUGUUGCUCCUCACGGGUGCAGCUGAGAGACACUUGCCAAAAGAGGCCCGCAGGUCCCGCCCACCUGUAUCACAUCACAGGGAGCCUGGAAGAUGAUUGGAUGGCCCCCAGGAUGGAGGCCGGGACCUUGAAUUCGGUAUGGGCCUUCUUCCCUCUUGCUGCUAGGAAACUGAGGGCAAGUGGGGACUAAGUCACAAGACUCCAGACAAUGGUGGGACCCCAGACUGUGACAGGAGGUCCCUGGGGUGUGGGAAGGUCAGCCUGGGGCCUUUCAGUGGGAUCUCCCCACAUCAACACGCCGUGUUUCCAGUGCCCUCUUGCUGAAUCCCAGCCGGGCUGCACUACCAAAAGCAGGAUUUGGAAUGACCGCCUGUGCUAAAGCGAGCAGCUAGGAGGAGGAGGGAGGAACAAUGCAGCCAAGAGCCACACAUGCAAACAAAGUGCCAGACCCUGGAGGGCAUGGUGUGUGUGUGUUGGGGGCGGGGGGUGGAGGGAGUACGGCACCUGUACUGUCCUCGUUCCAACUUUGAAGGCACAUCCUGGGCCUUUUGCUUUUCUACAGGAAAAGAAAAAAAUAAAAAGGAAAGAAAAAAAGAAAAAAAGAAAGAAAGAAAGAAAGAAAGAAAGAAAGAAAGAAAGAAAGAAAGAAAGAGAGAAAGGCAGGAAGAAAGAAAGAAAAAAAGAAAGAAAGAAAUGCUAGCAGUCACAUUUCAUUCUGGGAGAAGUGGACUAGAAGGAAGCAAACUUUGUUAGCCAGUUCUUUGGGGAUGAGACCAGAGCCCCGUUCCAUAGGGAAUAAUCCGGCUCCCCAUUUCCGUACCUCAGACCAAGCACAGUCACUUUUAUGAAGGCUCCCGCAGAGGCAGCGGCAAUUCUGUAGUCCCUGAGUGCCUAGCGUCUGGAGGCCAGCUGAGCAAUGUGCCCAUUUCCUUGGCCCCUGACUUGAGUUGGGGUCCUACCUCUCUGGGCACAAGGAGAGGGAGGGAGUAAAGAAGCCUGAAUCCUGCGGGCAGUUCUUCUGAGCCCAGAGUUCCCACCCACCUCAGGAGAGGUACACAGAGGUCCUCAGGUGUCAUUGUUUACAAAGUGGGAUGCUCUGGAAUGCAGGCCUCUCCUUUGCCCGGUGUCAAUGUCACUGCCUGACCUCCAUCAUGCCAGCAUCACUGAGUUACAUCUGCGAUGUGCACUUUGGGGAAGGGAAGGGUCUUAAUUAAUAAAGCGUGUCACCCUCAGGCAUACAAAA